AUGAGACAUGAUUUUUUCCAUGAAAAAGACAUCAGAAUCAUUGAAAAGAUAGGGGAAGGAGCAUUUGGUUAAGUGUAUAAGGGAUUAUAUAAAGAUGAAGAAGUGGCAAUCAAGUUCAUGCAAGGUGCAUAAAUUUAAGAAACAUCAAUUAUGGAAAGUCUCAAGCACAAAAACAUUAUCAAAUUAUAUUAGUUAUAGUAUUUUAAACAAGGGAAUUGCCAGUAUUUGGUGAUGGAAUAUGCAGCAGGAGGUUCUUUGAAUGACUUUAUGAAGCAAAGCUUAGAAGAGUCAACAAUCAGUUAGAUCAUGCAUUCUAUUUUUACAGGAAUCCAAUAUCUUCAUUCUAAGUAGAUAAUACAUCGUGAUAUUAAGCCUGAUAAUAUCUUAAUAAAAAAUACAGAAGAUCUUUCAAGUAUCAAGAUUGCUGACUUCGGUUUAAGUUAUUAAUACAAACCUGAAAUUCGUUACUACUAGACUGUGUCGUAAUAAUGUGGAACCUUUAUAUAUAUGGCACCAGAAUAAAUUUUAAACAAAGCAUAUAACAAAGCUGUUGACAUGUGGUCUUGUGGUGUUGUGCUUUAUAUGCUUUUAAAUUAAGGAAAGCAUCCUUUUUAUCCUAGAAUUUUUACAAAAAAAGAAUUUAUUAAUAGUUUCCCUGACUUGAAAUAUGAACAACCUUUGCAUGCAUCUCCCCUUGCAAGAGACCUUUUAUAUAGAUUGCUAUAAUUUGAUCAAGAUUCUCGAUAUACUGCAUCUCAAGCAUUAGUUCAUCCAUGGAUUACUCGAAAAUUUAAUGAUCCCAUUCCUAUGAGUGUUAAGCAAUUCGGAAUAUGUCAAGAACUAAAAAAAAAAAUUUUUUAAUAAUUAUAAUCGAUAUUGUUUAUAAUACAAUUACAGCAAAGAUCAAUCAAGCAAUCUCCCAUAUAAUCUAGAAAAGAUCUGACGGAAUUUAAGAUUUCAAUUGCUGAAUCUGAUGAGGAUAACUUUGAUCAACAAAAUCUAGAUACAAUAAGUCCCAGAAAUUAAUAAUUCUUAAACAAAUUAUCAAUAACUAGACCUAAUAAAAUAUCCAAAUCUUAUAGAACUCUCAACAGCAUACCUCAAAAAGAAAAGCAUUAUCGCUUAAAUGCAAUUCUUAACCAAACUAAUGAAUCUAAUCAAGAAUUAAAGAUUUUAAAGCUUCAUCAACAAUUAAGCAUAGAUAAUGAGCAUAUCAUCAUUCCAAUUGAUCCAGAAUCUCCAAAAAAAAAUCUUAAAGUUGUUCAAUCCAACAAGGUUCUUCUUCCUGCGUUAUCAGAAUCUACAUAGACUUCUCUAAGUCCUGUUAAAAUAAAUAAGGUACCAAUAGUAAAGCAGAACUCAUUUAGAAAAACUGAGUCUUCGUUUUUCUUAGGAUUAAAUAGAAUUAAUAAUGAUUCAGCCUAAGAGUCAGGUACAUUCAAAAGCAAAGCAGAAAUUCAUGAUAGAGGCUCAAUUCCAUCUCUAAACACUCAAAGGGUAACUACAAGAAAUAGUACUAUAAGUUUAGUAGCAUCUCCUAAAUGUAAAUUCAUACACUAGAACAAUCUUCUUAUUCCAAAGAAAAUAAUAUGA